UCGGCGAACAGAGAGCACGUGUUUGCUUGCCGGUCGUGUUUGGUUCAUUUUAUCAUAUAAAACUUUGUGUUCGACUUGUAAUCCGCCCGAGCGUGGUGAUCAAGAAUCAAAACUUUCUGACAGUCAUAGAGACAGGUUAACAUGAAUCCUGAAAAGUUGAAGAAGCUUCAAGCUCAAGUACGAAUCGGCGGUAAGGGAACACCCCGACGCAAGAAGAAGGUCGUGCAUGCUACUAAUGCCACAGAUGAUAAAAAAUUACAAGGUUGCCUGAAGAAACUGUCUGUAAACACAGUUCCUGGUAUUGAGGAGGUUAAUAUGAUUAAGGAUGAUGGUACUGUCAUCCAUUUUAAUAAUCCAAAGGCCCAGGCUAGUUUGUCUGCCAAUACAUUUGCCAUUACUGGUCACGGUGAUAACAAACAGAUAACUGACAUGCUACCAGGAAUAAUAAGCCAAUUGGGACCCCAGGGUGUUACACAACUGAAACGAUUAGCGAGUACAGUUUCUGGUAGCACAGUGGGUAAAGCAACAUUGGAAGAAGAUGACGAGGUGCCUGAUUUAGUGGAGAAUUUUGAUGAAGCCAGUAAAGAAGAGGUUGCUACAAAAAAGGAAGUGGAUGAAAGUGAUAAAGGAGCUGGUGAUAAAAAAGAAGCUGUUACGAAUGAUGAAAAGAAGGAAGCCCCCUUAGCUACACCUGAAGCUUGAAGCAUUCAGUAUCAAGCUAUUUCAUACAACUAACAGUUGUAAUUGACAAGUUGAAAAAUACAAUUUGCAAAAGCAAUGCGUAAACAAAGUAUCACUAUGCAUACGUUAUAAAUAUUUGUCAUACCCUAUGAUAAUGCUAUAUAAGUAACAGUUAUCAAGAAAAUAAAAAAGCUGUUACAGAAAUCAAAAAUUUUUAUGGACGAUGUUCUUUUCUUUGUUGCAUUUGCGGAAUGGUAGACUGUGCUUUGAGUCAGCUAAAAAAAUCUUAUUUUUCCCAAGUUAAGAUUGUGUGACAUUGAUCAUGUAUCAGGUCCAGUAUUUGAAUUUUAAGCAUUUAAUUCGAUUAUUUUCACACGAGAUCUGAUGUGGAAUUACAAAUUUUAUCCCGAUCUUAUUCAUAGUACAUAUUUUUCAUUAUCACGUUGAGUCUGCAUGUGUUCUUACUUUGACGGUAUUAAUGACAUUAUAGAAAUAUGAGUUAAUAAAAAAAUGAAUUUCUCAGCAAACAAUAAUAGCAAUCUUCCAUCUAUUCGCAGCAGUGUUAUACAUAUAGAAGGACAAAAUUUACAUAGAGUAUAGAAAAAGUAAAAAAGCGCGAAAUACCGAGGCACCUCUAUUUUAAUUAAUGAAAUUACCAGUGGCUACAGUUAAGAGUAGUUUUUCGUAGGAGCUUUCCAGCAUGGAAAAUGAGGUGUAAUAUUUUGUAAUGUAAUCUGUGGAAUAAAUUCAUUUGCUGGAAAUGCGGUUUUCUACUGAAAAUUUCAUGUUUUUCUAAUACAAUUUAGUCGUAAUUUGUCAAUAUUUAUAUUUUCAUCUAUAGAAUAGAUCUGUAAUAACAGUGUAAUUAUGGAAAUAUACUAAUAAGAGCU